CGCCGCCUCCUCGUCGUCGGCGACGACGUGGAUGUACGCGCUUCUCGACGAGGGUGGUCUACUGCCGAACACCAGCAGCGACGGCGUCGUCGAGAGUGAUGACGCGGUGGUCGCCGCAGGCGAUGGCGCCUGCGUGAAUGAUCGCAUGCUGCACUAUCAUCAUCAGCAUCAGCAGCAUUCCCAUCAGCAGCAACAACAACGUCAUCAUCAUCGACUGCAGCAGCAUCCGUCGGCGGAGUCUGAACUGGACGAUCUUCUGCGAUUCCGCGGUACCGAGACUACAACCGGACAGGGACAGGAGGAGAUGGUGGCGCAGGAAAUGGCACAGGGCUACACCCAGCUCCUGCAUUCGGCGGCGGCGGUGCCGGCCCAGGAGACGCAGGACUACAUCUCGCUGCAGGAGCUACAGCCGCGCAUUCACCAUCAACAGCAUCACCGCACCGUGCACGACACCUGCACGCAACUGGCCACGUCUGCCUCGCAACUCUAUCACCAGCAUCAUCAGCAUCAACAGCAACAGCGAAGCGAUGGACAGCAGCAACAGCAACACCAACGAGAUUAUUAUAAUCUCUCAUCCGUGCAGGAAAGUUCGUGCUCCACGGUUUAUUUUGGCGAGAUAGGCACGGGUACCGGGGUGGGAGAGCUAACCACCGCCUCGGCGGGGGGGGGGGGG